UUUCGCGUACAAUCACUCCAUAAUUGGUUUUUGUCUUUAAUUCAGCAGCCGCAUCGACCAUUUACUCUCAGAUACAUCCAGCUCAGGGCGGUUUUCGGCUCGCGCGACCCUAUGGAAUCCCGUCGGUAGCAACUGGAACAUCGAGUCGCACACCAACCUGGCGCACCCGUGCCCGCUUCGAGAUGGCACCGACAAGCGCCGCGAUUGCGGGCUUGCUGAAGCAGACGGUCUAUUAUCACCUCGACAAUCUUUCCUACCAGAACGCGGUAUUCUUUGCCGAAAGGCUUCAUGCCCACGAUCAGCGUUCGCACGAGUCCGGCUUCCUCCUUGCGCUUUCCCACUUCCGCCUCGGCGAUUCGCGAUCGGCAUACGAAAUCAGCAAACCGUCAGCUUUCCGAGGCGCCCACCUAGGGUGUUCGUUCGUCUUCGCACAGUCCUGCUUGGACCUGGAACGGUACAAGGAAGGCAUCACGGCCCUGGAAAAGGCCCGGCCGCUAUGGACUGCCAAAUGCAGCGUUGGGAGGCACACAGCUUCCGCCCGGGCGCCGUACCCGGAUGCGGCCGCCGUGAGUUGUCUCCUCGGCAAGCUGUACAGGGCAUACGACGACAAGAAGAGGGCGAUUCCCUGUUUCGAGGAUGCGCUAAGAGCUAACCCCUUCAUGUGGGACGCAUUUACCAUUCUCUGCGAUAUGGGCGUCAAUGUUAUGGUGCCCAACAUCUUUAAGCUUAACGACAAUUUUGCUCGCAGCUUCGACCAGGAACCGGGCGCGAUCAGUGUCGACUCCAGUGGAGGCCAGCCGGAACCUCUACAGCGAAAAACCGGCUUGCAGGUUGUCGGCCAGGACAGCGACCCAUUCGAAGGGCAUCGAUCUACCGCUUUUCAAGACGUUUCGAGCAACAAUAUGCUCUUCGUCGACACCGAAGAGAAUGACCUGACAUUCAAGCUCAUUCCAGCCCCGAGAUAUCCUUCGAGCAAACACGGCCACGACGGCGCGGAAACUCCGACUGGCCCUACCGUUGCCCCCGACGCGCAAGCCCCUCGCUUCGGCCUCCCCUCAGAGCCCCCAUUGGCGCCAACUCGCCGAACGCGGGCAGCCCAGGCCGUCGAGCCGAAUCUCUUUGACGCCGCGCCGCCCAAAAUGAGCUACCGCCUGGGCUCCAAGAGGCGGGACAGGGGUCAGGACCAGAUAGCCGAUCCUCCAGAAGCGGCCGCCAGAGGGCCCGCGCCUGCUUUGUCGACUACAGAAAGAAAACGCACCGCAUCAGGGCAUCCCGUUCAGCCACGCUCGACCAACGGUGAGGAGCCGAGGAGGAGCGCGAGGCUCAAUGUUGCCCCCCGAACGACCUCGUCAAGGGCUAACUCGGGCGUCGCCGCGAUUGGCGCCAACCCCCCUCGCGAGUUGCGGAAAGCUAGGCCCCCGAUCUCGAGGAUUGCACGACCGGGCUCUAGCGGUACCGGCGUCGGUAGGGUCGUCAGCGGAAAUCGCAAGCCUUUGGAAGAAAAUAAUAGUAUGGAUAUUGACCAAGCUGAAGCCUCGCGGGUCAAGGAGCAGGCCGCUGUGCAAGCUCCGCCACCGAAGCCGGCCGAGCCGGAGCUGGUGAAGGCAGAUGAGGGACUCAGGUGGAUCCUGGAUUUCUUGAAGAAGAUCGCAUCGGGAUAUCGGCUCUCGUCACAGUUCCGGUGCCAAGAAGCCCUCACUGCCUUCAUGGCGCUGCCCCGAAGUCAUCAAGACACUCCGUGGGUCACGGCGCGGAUCGCCCGGGCCCACUAUGAGCUGGCCAACUACGCAGAAGCCGAGAAAUACUUCAAGCGCCUCCGGAUGCUCGCCCCGACGCGCCACGAAGACAUGGAGGUCUUUUCGACCGUUCUCUGGCAGCUGAGGAAGGAGACGGAACUCUCGUUUCUGGCGCAUGAGCUGGUGGACGCUGUGUGGGAUUCGCCGCAGGCCUGGUGUGCACUGGGGAACGCGUUCUCUCUCGCCUCCGACCAUGAACAAGCUCUCAAAUGCUUCAGGCGCGCCAUCCUGCUCCACCCGAAAUUCGCAUACGCCUACACUCUGCAGGGGCACGAGCACGUGGAGAACGAAGAAUACGACAAAGCUCUGGUGGCAUACCGGCACGCGAUCGCCGCAGACAAGCGGCACUACAACGCGUACUACGGGAUUGGGAAGGUCCACGAAAAACUGGGCAACUACGAGAAGGCGCUGAGCCACUACCACUCGGCGUUGUUAAUCCACCCGACGCACGCAGUUCUGAUCUGCUGCAUGGGCACGAUCUUGCAGAGGCAGAAGCAGAUUGUCCAGGCUCUUCCUUACUUUAUCAGGGCGGUCGAGCUGGCGCCUCGGGCGCCCGAGAUGCGCAGCAAGAAAGCCCAGGCUUUGCUGGUCACGGGUCAGCUGGAGGAAGCGAAGAAGGAGCUGCUGAUCUUAAAGGACAUGGCUCCAAACAAUGCCCAGGUUCACUUCUUGCUUGCCAAGCUCGCCAAGACACUCGGAGACAAGAGGACAGCGGUGCGCCACUUCACCAUAGCCCUGAGCUUGGAUCCGAAGGCGAGUGGGGAGAUCAAAAACGAGAUUGGGGGACUCGAGGACGAGGACUGUUUGGACAACUCCAUGAUGCGUUGAUGCUCAUGAGAUACGAACCUUUGAUCGCACACUUGAUCCUACGACGCCCUACGAUUACGGAACAAACAGACCAUGAUUGGGAUGGGACUAUUCCGUCUGCG